AUGACGGCGGCGUGGUACGUCGGGUACAAGGCGGCGCAUCACGCGACGGGGUUCUUGGCGUUUACGUCGGCGUUCGUCUCGCUCGCGUUGGUCGCGGCGCACGUGCGACAUUACACGUUGCCCCGAGUGCAGAGGCACAUCGUUCGAGUGAUUAUGAUCGUGCCCGUGUUCUCGCUCAUGAGCUGGGGGUCGCUGGUGAUGAGCGAGGCGGAUGGGAUUUACGUCGAGACGGUGAGAGACAUGUACGAGAGUUGGGUGGUGUAUAACUUUUUGAACCUGUGUCUGGAGUACGUGGGCGGACCAGGGGCGAUCGUGAACGCGAUGACGGGGAAGGAGGUCAAGGCUGGAUCUUGGCUCCGAGGGACGUGCGUGUACGAUAGGGAUUUAGUCGUGGACGGACAUUACAUUCGUCGGUGCAAGCAAGGGUGCCUUCAGUUUGUCUUCAUCAAGCCGUUGCUGUCGGUGUUAGAGAUCGUUCUCCAGGCGAAGGGGAAACUCGGGGACGGACAGAUUAACUUUCUCAAGGCGUACGUGUACAUUCUGUUCGUGUACAACAUCUCUUACAGCUUGGCGUUGUACGCGCUGUGGAUGUUUUACCUCGGCGCGCACGAUCCGUUGGCAAAGUACAAUCCGUUGCUCAAGUUCAUCAUUGUGAAGAGCGUAAUCUUCUUUAGCUUUUGGCAGAGCGUGUUCACCGCGAUGGCCGUGCGGACGGGGACGUUAGAGAGUCCACUCGAAGGGCGGGCGGUGCAGAACGUUUUGAUUUGCGUCGAGAUGUUCAUCGUGUCCUUCCUGAUGUGGUUCGCGUUUCCGUACAAGGAUUUCGUCGAUCCCGAAGGCGUGAAGCGCGGAUUCGUCUCCAACGUCGUCAACUUUGUGUCCGUGCGCGACGUGUUCGAUGAUACGGUGCACCAGUUUGGGGCGACGUAUCAAGAGUACACCCUCCACGGCGACGGCGAGACGCCCGAUAGAACGGUGCGAAUGCGAACCUUCGUUCCCACGGGUCGCUCGAGCGCUCCGGCUGAAGACGAGCGAGACACCGCGAGUCUGAGCGCCAACAUGGCGAUGGAGAACGCCUUCUUUCAUGACGAGGAACGGGCGAACGGACCGGUCGGAUUGGAUCGAUCCGACGCCCCGAGGUCGCCCGGACGACCCGUCGAGCUCGUCAGCAUCGAAGAGGGACAGAGAUUGUGA